AUGACUGAAUGGGUUCCAGAGGGUCAGACUGUCAACCAGAUUUACUAUUUAUCAGUUUUGGCAACACUGCGAGAAAGAGUUCGUAAGAAACGGCCCGAGUUGUGGAAGAACAACUCGUGGAUUUUGCACCAGGACAACGCACUUGCCCAUAACGCGCUAUCUGUGAAGCAGUACUUGGCCGGUAAGCGCACUCCAGUGCUCGAACACGCGCCGUACUCGCCAGAUUUGGCACCGUGCGACUUUUUUUUGUUUCCAAANAAUUACUAUAUACCGACAAAUUUUAAUCUUUUAUGGAACGGUGCCAUUAUAAGAAUUUAUCAAAUUUUGUUUUUGCAUAUCCUAUAAAUUCUUAAAUGUUUGUAUUGUGUACAUAUAAAAUGUAAUAUAAAUUAUACACGCAUAUACAAGGUGGCGUUUUACAAAUGACAAAAAUUAUGCACCUACGUACUCGUGGAUUUUGCACCAGGACAACGCACCUGCCCAUAACGCGCUAUCUGUGAAGCAGUAUUUGGCCGGUAAGCGCACUCCAGUGCUCGAACACGCGCCGUACUCGCCAGAUUUGGCACCGUGCGACUUUAUUUUGUUUCCGAAGAUGAAAUCUGCUUUGAAAGGGACCCGAUCUGAGUCGAUGGAAGCGGUAAAGCAAAAAACGGCAGAGCUCCUAAAGGCCCUCACCAACGAAGACUUCCAGCACUGCUUCGAUCAAUGGAAAAAACGUAUGGAAAUGUGUGUGGCGAGGGGAGGGGAGUAUAUUGAAGGGGAGCAUUUGAAUGUAGAAUAA